AUGGAGAAGGAUUUGGAGAAGAACCAGGAUGUCAUCCUCGCAAUGUCGGAGAGCUCCAGCGGAGCACCAUCCAUUGCCACCCGAUCGAAGCCCAAGGCCCUGCGAAAGGAGGCGACUGUCGCGUUGGGCGAGUUCGUCGGUACCUUCCUGUUCCUGUUCUUCGCGUUCGCCGGCACCCAGAUCGCUCUCGAGGCCGCUACCAUCAACCCUUUCACGCCGACAGAUGCGACCAAGCCGCCGGAGGUGCAGAAGCUGCUCUACAUUGCGUUCGCUUUCGGUUGUGCCCUAGCAGUCAAUGUUGCAAUCUUUGCGGAUGUCAGUGGUGGCAUGUUCAACCCCGCGGUGACCACUGCGCUGUGGAUCGUUGGUCUAAUUCGAUGGGACCGGGCUCUCUACUCGAUUGCCGCCCAACUCUUUGCCUCCGUCUGUUCCUCCCUCGUCAUCUCGGCUCUCCUGCCAGGCCCCGUUCCCUUCAAUACGGUCCUAGAUCCAACUGCGUCAAUCCCUCGUGGACUUUUUCUGGAAAUGUUCCUCACUGCGCAGCUUGUUCUCACGAUCCUCAUGCUUCCUUCAGGAGGCGCUAAGCCGCUCUACAUUGGCAUGGCUCUGUUCAGUGCAGAGAUGGCUGGCGUUUUCUUUACAGGUGGCUCUUUGAACCCUGCGAGGAGCUUCGGACCUGCUGUCGUUGUUGGCUUCCAGAGCUACGACUGGAUCUACUGGCUGGGACCUAUGAUGGGUGCCGGGCUUGGUGGUGGAACGUUCAGCUUGAUCAAGUUCCUCCAAGACGAAUAA